CGCUGCGUCUUUUUGUAUCAACAGUUUAGUUAAAAUCUGCGUGUUUUCAUCGUCCGGAGCUUCGUGAGAGCAGAUUUACCCUCCUGCUGCCGCCACGAUGAUCUCACUCACGGACUCACAGAAGAUUGGCAUGGGGCUGACAGGCUUCGGCGUGUUCUUCCUCUUCUUUGGGAUGAUGCUGUUUUUUGACAAAGCUCUCCUCGCUAUUGGAAAUAUUCUGUUUGUCUCGGGCUUGUCCUUUGUCAUCGGCCUGGAGCGAACGUUCAGAUUCUUCUUCCAGAGGCACAAAGCGAAAGCCACCAGCUUCUUCCUGGGAGGAGUGUUUGUGGUUCUGAUCGGCUGGCCGAUCAUCGGAGUCGUUCUGGAGAUCUACGGUUUCUUCCUCUUAUUCAGGGGAUUCUUCCCGGUGGCAGUAGGCUUCAUCAGACGAGUACCUGUGCUCGGUUCUUUGCUCAGUUUACCAGGGAUCAGUACUCUGGUGGACAAAAUUGGCGAGAGCAACACCAUGGUAUAACAGCUGGCUGCUUCUGCAUUAGAGGAGGAUUUAAGUAUUUAUCAUAGUAUCUAAUACUGACUGUAUCUUUUGGUCAUUGCCACUCCAGAACUGUGAAGCCAAACUUUAUUUUUUCUGCACAAAGACACAAGUUUAUCUGUGGACAUCUUGAAAUUUCUUCUGUCAGGAGGAAGUAGUUUUGCGUCUGACCGCCACUGGACAACUUUACCACAGAACUUUUUUAUUUUUAAGGCUGGAGUCUCUCUUUUUGUAUCAUUCCUGUUUGAUAUUUAUGGACUAAUAACUUGGGACCACUGGAUCAACUCAGCCGAGCAGCACGAGCCCUUUACAGCAUCCAGUCCUCCAGAUUGUGUGCCUGAACAGUCACUGAGAGCAUUAUUUUGGGUUCCUCUAUGAAGUGUUACUGAGAUUUUGUACAUUAAAAAUAAAUAAGGUUGAGCUAAAUGUUA